AUGAAGGAUCGAGCGGCUGCCGAUCGUGCCUGUAAAGAUCCAAAUCCGAUCAUUGAUGGUCGCAAAGCAAAUGUUAACCUGGCAUAUUUGGGUGCUAAACCGCGUGGUAACAUACAACUUGCUGGUUUGUUUCUUCUUUGA